AGCGCCACCGUGUUUAUAUGCGGAAAAGCGUCAGGAGGUAUGAGGAAUACUCCACAGCUAAUGAUAGCUAGGUACACAAAUAGGGAUUUAAAUCACUUUCUGUCUCUACUUGCCCUCUGGGGGUCUACUAAAGGCUGGAGGCGGACAUAAUUUCGGCUAGGACCUCGGUUUUUGCUGCUACGUUCCCACCGAGACGACGAGCAGUAACGCGAGACUACCGCUAAUCCCGAAAAGAGGGAAGCGGCCUGCUUUUGUGACCGGCUUCCCGGUGCAGCUCAAACGGCUAGCACUGUCACCACAGCCCGGGGCUUCCGACGGAUUAUUUUUCUUUUUACCAACAUAAGGUUUUGAAGUUGUUUUUGCUUUGCUAAAAGCAGCUGGUUAGCCACCCAGUCCUCUCACUUUCGACAUGUAAUAGUCGGUGUUUUUCACCUACGGGGACCUUUUAAAGCUAGGGCGGCCUGUUUUGUUUUCGAGCCGCCAUGAAUCUCCGCGAACAAUAACACAACCAUAACGAGCCUGCUGGGGCUGCACUGCCGAGCCAAGUGGGAGCAACAGACCGGAUGCCUCUAGUGGAGUGAUAAAUGCACCGUCUGAUACCAGCUGUGGGCCGACGUGAAAACCGGGAACAAGAAUGCAUGUGGACUAUGGAGGGAGGCAUCGGGGGAAAGCAUCGCAAACCGGAGCAGUCGGUCACGAAAGCCGCAGUUAGAAUUUGGGAGCCGCUGCUGCUAGCUAACCAGCUGUAUUAAAUAUAAGGCCAGUGGCGGAGGAAAGAGCGCCACACGAUGCUUUGUCUAAUCAUAACUCAUGGAUUGUAUGGAAACAAACGUGUUGGAUGGUUUCUACCCUUGUGAAUGCGCAGAUUAUCCCUCACAUCCGUCGAAAGCAGCUGGACUUUAAUUUCUUCACAUUGAGGAUGGAUUAGAUGUGACUGCUCGCUGAGUGAUACGGGGAUGUAUAACCUGCUCAUAUAUGUGGGAUUUACCAACUGGGUACCGAAGAAGAAGUGAUUUGGUUAAAUCUGUCUCAUCUAUGCCCCCUUCAAAGCCCCCAGACUCCGUUGACAAAAACGAUCAUUUUGCCUCAAAACAGGCGGGAGUUGUGGGUCUGGAUUGUGUGCUUUUGUGUGACUCUAGUGUUUUAACGUGUCAGUAAAUCUUAACGGACCGGGCCGAACUGGAGCCCCGGGCCAGGCAGCUGAGAUGAACCCGGUGAAUGCGACCUCUCUCUACAUCUCCGCGAGCCGUUCGGUGCUGCAGUGCGACCCCCGAGACCCUCGGGCCCUGGCGGAGCUCUGCAAACUGCUGCCGUUUUUCCGCCAGUCCCUGUCCUGCUUGGUCUGUGGUAACCUGCUGCAGGAUCCCAUCGCACCUACCAACUCAUCAUGUCAGCACUAUGUCUGUCUAGGCUGUAAGGGUCAGAGGAUGCAGCUAAAGCCGUCCUGUAGUUGGUGUAAGGACUACUCCCGCUUUGAGGAGAACAGGCAGCUCUCCUUGCUCGUCCACUGUUACAGGAAACUCUGCCUCUACAUCACCCAGUCACCUCUUGCCCCACACAUAGCCAGCGCUGCCACUGACUCGCCGGACCUUCAGGCCAUUCUCAACGAGGGCCUGACAUUGGCUGAGAGCGAGCCAGAGGCAGAGGACGUUUCAGAUUCAGUUGGUGUGUCGCAGGCGGCCUCCACAUCUGAGGUGUUGCAGCCUGAGGAAGCUCCUCCUACAAAAGAGCUUAAGGUAGAGGAGCCGAACCCUGUGAGUAUAAAUGGACUGCAUGAUUGUAACGGCCUUGUCAGUUCAGACAGACUGCAACCCAUCACCAUAGAAACAGGUGGGGGGGUUCCAAAGCAGGAGUGCUUUGCUGAGGAAAUCCCAGUGUGCGUGAGUGUCACAGGGACGGGGGAGGCGGGACUUUGUGAUAUCAGCACUUUUGGGGACGACCUCAAACAUGGAGGGGGUCCACUGUUGUUGAGUGUGGAGGAGGUGCUCAGGACACUGGAAACGGACACAGACCCUGACCCCACCCUCGAGCCACAUCCGAAGCAGGACUGCUCCCCUUCUGUACCUCAGUCCACUCUUAACGGACCCCUUAACCCUUCUCGCCUCCUCCCUUCCCUCCCCACAGAAAACAGUUUCCGUCCCCUCCAGCCUCACGCACAGCCCUCACUGCAGCCACCCCCGCAACCCCCCACUGUCGUCCCCCGUGUCCCCCCUCGGUGCCACCGCAAACGCUCCCGUUCAGAGAGCGACAGCGAAAAGGUGCAGCCCCUCCCCAUUUCCAGCCUGCUUCGAGGGCCUUCGCUCGGUGCCAACAGUUCCCCUCAUCACCCAAACCCUGGUUCCACCACCAAACAGGAGCCCAAGUUUCCUGCAGUCACGCCCCACCCUCACCUGGCACCGGUGCCUAAUGGCGGCCCUCCAAAGGUGGGCAAGACUGUGCUAGUGUCCAACAAAGCACUGAAAAAGACUGUGGAGCAUCAUGGGGGCCCUAAGAAAGCUUACACCAAGGCCAGACAGGGGACACCCAAACCUCGUGCGCAGCCUCGUGACCGGGUACUGCCCCACCCCCAUGCUCACCCCUUGACACACCCACCCAGCCCCUCAAAGCCACUGUACAAGAAGCCUGUGGAGAAGAAGGGCUGCAAGUGUGGCCGAGCCACCCAGAACCCCUCUGUUUUGACCUGUAGGGGGCAGCGUUGUCCCUGCUACUCCAACCGCAAGGCGUGUCUGGACUGUAUCUGCCGCGGUUGCCAGAACUCGUACAUGGCCAACGGAGAGAAGAAGCUGGAGGCCUUUGCUGUGCCAGAAAAAGCCCUGGAACAGACCCGCCUCACUCUGGGCAUCAACCUGACCAGUAUCACAGCAGCGGCCCUCCGCAGCCCGGCCACCAGCUCCCCUGGCAACACCCUCCUCAACGUCACCACGGCAACGGGGGCUCCGGUCACGGCUACCUUUCUGUCGGGGGCGGGGCACGACAACAGGGGCUUUGACGAUUCACUGGAGAUGCGGUUUGACUGCUGAGGUCCCGGCCCUUCCUCCGGUUAGUCGACGCGCACAUUCCCCGCCCCGCCAGCCGGGCGUCAUCCAUCGGGUCGUGCCAGGGGCCUGCGGUGGCGGAGCCAGAACAAGGCAGCUACAGUGACAGGCGGUAGUGAAGUGAGGGUCACCAGCUGAAGCUGAGGAGUUGCCCUCUGUCCGCCGCCCAAAACUGCACCAUGCUUGUGGUCUUGCAUACAAGUCGGAAGAGAAGAAGGAAAAAGGAGAUGUAGCGUUACUGUAUGUGCAGAGAUUUCAUUUCAGUGGGGAUAGUUCUUUUAAGUUUCUUCUCUACUAUGGGCAAUGUGUAGAGCAUGUUGUGUAGCUAAGUCAGGAGUGUCGACUGAGGUCACACGCCUCUCUGUGUGUGUGUGAGUGCAUGUGAGUGUGUAUGUAAGAGGGGAAGGGUUUGGUUUGGAGAUGAACCAUAUGAGCAGGAGCGGAGACAUCAUCAUCAUCAUCAGAGACUGGUGUAAUUUAUAUUCGAGAGAAGUUUUUGUAUGCGGACUUGAGUUUCCAUUAAGAAGACAUUUUAAGAUCUGUUUUAUAAGUUACAUUAAAAACAACAGAAGCCAGUGUGAGGUGCAUUCAACCAGAAUAUUUUCACACUAGGACAUUAAGAUCACCAACAAUAAAAUUUGUGCUGAAAUUAGUCAGAAAAUCAACUUCAAUAAAUAUGUUAAAAGCACUUACUGAAAUAAAGGUUGACAGAUAUUGAUCGGCACCAAACAGGUUGUGAAUUUAACAUCACCAGCCAAAUGUGUAUGUCUGGUGAAUAUUAGAAAAAUGUGUAUUUAACCAAUAAAGUGGUGAAUGUUUGAGUCAAGAGAAACUGCCACAUGUUUAGAUCUUAUGUUAAAAGUUUUCAUGUUCAGUCAUUUGUGUUGUUUUAAACACUUCUUCACACAGAUUAAUGAAAUGUUCCCCACCAUAUUUCUAAUCUUACCAUGUUUGUGUUAAAUAUUCUGGUUGAUUGCAGCCCCUGCAUGUUGUUUGUCACAUAUGGUUUCUGGAAGCUACACACAUGCUGCUAAAUACCACAAAGGACUCGAGGAGAGCAAACCUGUUUUCCUUGUCUUUUGUCUUUGUGUUUUUGUUUCUCUUUUUUUUAUAAGUUGCGUUAACAACAUUUGCAGUAUUUAUUGGACGUCUCCUAACAUAGGUUACGUGUCAUAUUAUUUCAUGGUUCAGCCCAACAAGUCUGUUGAUUCAGUUUGGACUGUUCUGUCUCGGUUACGUUACUGUCUUCGUAGUGUUAGUUUCUGGUGUCUCCAAACUGUUUUUGUUCUCCCUUGGGGCAUUUAAAUACCUGUAAUAUAACUGUAACAUAUUUCCACAAAAAAGAAAGAAAAUCAAAAACUUGA